AUAUAUUAAAAUUUAAUAAUACAAUAAAUUAUAUAAAUACAUUAUUACAAUUCAAUUCAUGAUUUAUUGUAUGCAUAUAUGAUACAGUGCUACGUACGUAAAUAUAAGCGUACAUUUACGAAAUAUUUAAUAUUGUAAUAUACAUUACAAAACAGUAUUUCUUUCUUAUUGAUUAUUAUCUAUUGAUUAUAUGUUAUAUAGUAUGAAUGACGAAACGUAGAUGAUAACAAUAGACGUACAGUUUUAAAUAAAAAUCGAACGUUAUCACGUCGAGAUAGCGGAUAAUAAUGUUUCGUGUACUCUUCAAUUAUUCCUGGACUCAUCGGGCCCACUUGAUAAUCGCGAAAAUUUACUCAGGAUUGGCUUGGUCUUAACAUAAAAUUCGUCAGUGCAUACCAUCUCUAUUGGUAUGUCAAAAAAACGCGUCCAGAUCAAAUAAGAGCGAGCGCGAACAAUCACGAACGAAGAAUUACGAACGAACCUCACUCAACGUGUGCGAGUACGAACGAGCCGAAAUGAACAUCGGCGAAUACGUUCCGUCUCUCUUGUCGAUAUGUUUAUCAAAGGAAAAGUACUCUGUGAGGUACUGGAGAGCUUAGUGACAAAACAUUCGCCUGCCAAGCGAAAGAGACGGAUUCAAUUCUCGAAUCGCGCUCUAAUAGACGCACAAUUAUCCGAAAACAAAUUCAAUGUAAUUCGACAAUAUCGUGAUACUGUGGGACGGAAAUACAAAUAAUAAUAAUAAUAAUAAUAAAUUUGGAUAUCAAAUCUUAUCAUGAACCACCUUACUUUGUCCCAGUAAGGACAGAAAUCCACAUUAAAAUGGAGAAAAGCAUUCGUUCGUGAUCGUUCAUGUUCGAUCAGAGUCUGGGUUAAUAAGUUUUCUAAUCUGAGACAAUCGUUCGUAUACGACUCGAGCAUCGUCGAAAUCUUAUUCCGUUUUGUACAUAUAUACAUUAAAGAUAAUACUUUAUACUCACUAAUACUUUAUAACAUAUAUUAUUAAGUAUUAGUGAAAUAAUGGAGUGGCCAAAUGAUAAAGCUUUAUUAUUUAUUAAUGAAAUUGAAACUUUGCCGAUUCUAUGGGAUUCUUCAGAUCCGUAUUAUAAAAUUACUAGGAAAAAAAAUGAAGCGUGGGAAACUCUUGCGAACAAAUUCUGUACAACAGUACUGGAUGUUAAAAAGAAGUGGCUUUCAUUACAAGCAUCAUAUAGAAGAGAGAGAAUUAAAGUGAUUGAUUCUGCAAAGGGAACUGAUAAAAAGAUUUUAUCAAAAUGGUUUGCAUAUCGCGCAAUGAUGUUUUUGGAAGAUCAUUAUAAGCCAAGAGGAACGAGAAAUACUUCUCAGACUUCUGAAAUGUAUCAACAGGAAGAAAAUAGCGAUCUCAAGGAAGAAAAUAGUGACCAUGAAGACAUUAAUGAAACAGAAAUAACAUGCCCGAAAGUAGAAGCUAUACCGUACGAACCAGCGAGAAGCUUACGAUUAAGUAGUAUACCGUUGCGACAAAAACAUUUGAAAGUGUUUCAUUCUGCAGAAUUAAAUACUCCAAAGAGAAAAAAGAUUAACGAUGAUAACAAACCAAAUGAAAUGUAUAUUUUAAAGGCUAGGGUUGUAGAAAAAGAAUUUCAACGAGAUGAAAAUGAGACUUACGGCGAAUACGUGGCAUUGACACUGAAGAAAUUAGAUAAUUAUUCACGAAUAAUGGCCAAACAUUACAUUAAUGAGAUUCUUAUAGAAGCAGAAUUAGGGAAAUAUAAAGAUUCGGUUCCUCAAAGAUCGCCUAUACCUACGACUUAUUCUGCUAUUUCACCACCGCUUUCUGCAUAUUCCUAUCAAUCCGGGGAUUCUAAUAACAUGAAUUCUACUGAAUCGAAUCUGUGAUUAUUUGAAUUAAUAGUCUGAUAAACUAAUAGCGUUACAGAAUCGUUUUAUUUUUAUUUUUAUUUUCUGUAAACUUCUAUUGAAAUACAUAUUCUUUAUUCCCAUA